AUGAGCAAAAGUGGACAAUCGGGACCAAGAAGUAUGGAAGAGAUUGAUAAAGAUCCUCAUUUAAUAUUUUCUCAAUAUCCUUACAAUGAAAAGACACAGCUACAAGAAACUCCAUUCCGAAGAUACAAUUAUAAAUUAGAUCUUCAUGAAUCAGUUCGAUAUUAUAAAACAUCUAAUUUAGAACCCGAAAAAUUUGUACAUUUGAUGAUGCUCUAUUACGAAAAAAGGAAAGUACAUGAAGCUGAUUUGUAUGAAUUGGCACAAUAUGGCUGUGAGAGUUACCUCAAAGAUAAUCCGAAUAUGAAAGACGAAUUCAAAUUUUACAUCAUCUUUUACAGAAUAUAUUCGCUAGUGAUUUUCAUGAAGAAAAACCCAUACAGACCGACACAUUCAACCAUUGAAUCAUUAUUUAAGAAAGGAAAAGAAAGCCUUAAAACAAGUCUUAAACAAGGUCAAAUUACUCAAGAGGAAAUGGAACAUUAUUCUAUAAUUUUUAAGUUAUUAUAUGCCACCUAUCUAGACGUUGCUGGAAAAUCUCCUGAAGAAGCUCUCUAUUAUUUUCGGAAGGUCAUUAUGUUUUGCUUUACAAAGCCAUCUAUAUCAGAAGAAAUUUAUAACAAAGCAGUCUACAAUUUAGCUUUCUUUUUCAACAAGAUGAAGAUGAUAGACGAAGCUGCUGCUUGCUAUGAUUCCCUCUUUUAUAUCGCUACAUGCAGCACUCGAAAAUCAAUUUAUUUGAAUCGAAAAACCAAAAACAUGGGAAGACUUGCAGUAAAUUGUACUACUUGGUUGAUGAAUGCUGGCAAAUACGAAAAGGCAAGAGAAAUUGUAAGCAAAACUCUAAGAGAAGGUCUUUAUUCUCGUGACGAUGAACGAGAAUUGAUUAGAUUAAAACAGAAAAUUUAA